AAUCGAAAGAAACAAAAAUAUAACACAUGUAAAAUAUAGUGGAAUAAAUAAAAAAGAGUAUAACAAUUUGAGAAUUUAAAUUACAGAAAUACCACCACCGUAGCCCGCGUAGGUACCAUACUACAUUACUACCAUGUCAAUUUAAUGUCCGAUGGUGCCUCGACGCACCAUAAUCCAUCGUUAUCCGUAACCCAAACUUUCCUGCAUCACGACUGACAAAACCUAAAAGAAUUGAACCAUGAUGUAAAGUAAUAAGUAUCUACUGCUAAAUACAUGGACCAUUACGUGUAAAUUAUAUAUUUCCAUAUUCCAUAAUACCUAGUUAUUGCAGUCUCGUAGAUUCAGUAGAUACAAAUCGUUAUGCUUUUCGUCUUUUCACACGAACACGACUGCCCGACAGCCGGUCGUCGCUGUUACUCCACCCCCUCUCCGACCCACAGCUGUCUAAUCGCCGCCGCGUCUGCCUACCGUCGACGCGCGCUACCGCCGAGUUUUUCAAACGAAACGUCCUCGUUGCCAUGUGACACAUUGCAAGCGCGCGUCUAGCCGUCGUCGUCGUCGUCGUCGUCAGUACCAGUUACAGAUAUCUCUUCGAAAUCACACGCACACACGCGUCAUAAUACAUUAUUAUUUACAAGCGUACACGGUGAGUAGUGGCGGCGCCGCGCCGUUCGGGUGCUCUCGUCGACGACCGCAGUAAAAAUAGACAUUCGACAUUUCGACGCGGUCACGCUGACCACGCGACAACGACGAGCGGGAAAUUUGCUACGCCGUUGACGCACACAUCACUCGCAGCAGGUACAACCACCGGCUGGCGGUUCGACGAACAACCAUAGACACGCCGAGCUCGCGGCACCGGCACCAUUAUGGACGCUUGCUUUAGCGCCUUCGACAAGGACGGCGAUGGUUUUUUAAAUAUCGAAGAAUUCGACGGUAUCUGCAAAGGACUCUUCCGCAAUGACCGCGGAAUUGUGUACAGUCUCGAUGUCCACACCCUUAAACACAUAUUUAACAUAUUCGAUACGAAAAGGGACGGUUUAAUUGAUCGACAAGAAUUCGCUAUGUGUUGGAAUAAGUGGAUUAAGACUAUUAUAAGACCCGUCAACAUAUUUCUCAUUAUAGACGUCCAAAACGAUUUCAUAUCCGGUUCGUUGAACAUCAGCAACUGUUCUGCGCAACAGAACGGAUUAGAGAUUAUCGAGCCUAUCAAUCAUCUGUUGGACACUGUGAAUUUCGAUUCUGUAUUUUAUUCGUACGACUGGCACCCGAUCGAUCACAUAUCGUUCAUCGAGAACUUAUCUUUGCGCCCUCUAGAUUCGUCGUCACCAAUCAGAGCCGACAACGCAAAAUUAUAUGACACCGUGAUAUUYGAGGGAUCUCCGAAGAUAAAACAACGUUUGUGGCCAAAGCACUGUGUCCAAGACUCUUGGGGCGCUCAGCUCUAUAAAGACUUGAAGGUGGUGGACAAUGCAGUAAAAAUAUACAAAGGAACGAUAUCAGACGUAGAUUCGUAUUCAGUGUUUUGGGACAACAAAAAAUUGACUCAGACCACAUUAGGCACACAGUUGGCUCAGUUGAACGCGACCGACAUUUACGUGUGCGGAUUGGCUUACGACGUUUGCGUCGGUGCGACUGCAGCAGAUGCGUUGUCGAUUGGAUACCGAACGAUAUUAAUCGAUGAUUGUUGCAGAGGCGUCGAUUUGAGCGACAUUGAAACAACCAAAAACAAUGUUGUCAAAAAUCACGGUGUCAUUGUUCAGUCGAACGAGAUAAAAACAAUGGUUGAAGGGCGCGACAGGAGGCCUGAAUUGGGCUAUAAAUUGGCGCUCGAAAUCGAAAAGUCAAUGAAGAAAGAAAAUUACAAAUAGGAUCUUUGUAUUCGUAAAUAAUUAUAAGCUUAAAAUUAUAGUAAAACARUACUAAUUUAAAUGGAAACUAUGUGUAAAUCUCAUCAGUUGUUCAGUCAUUGUCACAGUAUUCAUUUGUUCUUGUUAUUUUUAGGCAUCAAUAGGUCUCUGGUGUAUAACUACUUACUUGGAAACUAAGUGUUGUGUUUAGUYAAUAAGCCAUAUAUUUUUUCCACAAAAGUUAGGCUUAAUAUAUUUUAUAAAAAAAAAUAAUUUGUACAUGUGCACUGAGUAUAUUUAAUAUU